AUGGAUCUCUGUGGGCGUCAGAAGGUUGUCCGGCGCAAGAUGGUACUUCUGGGAGACGGUGCUUGCGGCAAAACCUCGGCCCUGAAUGUCUUCACUAGAGGAUACUUCCCAACAGUUUAUGAGCCUACUGUUUUUGAGAACUACGUGCACGAUAUCUUCGUCGACAAUGUCCACAUGGAACUGUCACUAUGGGAUACUGCCGGCCAGGAAGAAUUCGAUCGAUUACGUGCGCUCUCUUACGAGGAUACCCAUGUCAUCAUGUUGUGCUUCAGUGUCGACAGCCCCGAUUCGUUUGAAAACGUGGCAAGUAAAUGGAUUGAAGAAAUCACCGAGAAUUGCCCGGGUGUGAGGAUGGUUCUUACUGCGCUCAAGUGCGACUUGAGGAAGGACGAGUUUUUGAACGACAACCCCAAUGCCAUUACAUACGAACAAGGACUAGCAAAGGCGAAGGAGAUUGGUGCUGUGAAGUAUCUAGAAUGCUCUGCCGUCCAAAACCGUGGCAUUAUGGAAACCUUCUACGAAGCCGCCAAGGUCGCCCUUGACGUGAAAGCGCAGAACUCAGGCGCAUCCCGGAGUGGCUGCGUUAUCGUCUGA